UGCCUUGCAAUGUGAUAACUUUCAAUAGUAUAAUAUUCUUAAAGUAAACGGAUACUAUUCACUUGUAUGACGUCACCAAACUCUAUGACGUCAUUGGAACAUCACUCCAUCAACCGAUACUAUCAUGACACGUCAUCAAAUCACGUCAUUGGACAUUAUCAUAGGCCAGCGGAUUCGUACUAUCCACCCGUUCAAAGUUACCCUGCCUGUGCGCACGAGUUUUUUCAAUAUCCGGCAAGAACGAUGCACGCACAUAAGCCUAUUCGCUUUCCGACCGAAUACGAACUCCCUACCGAUGACCGAAACGUUCGGAUUUACCACGAACCGAGAUCACCAGGAUUUAGAUCGCAGUCCAGAAGGCAUUCAGAAGGAAGUACAACAGACGAAUUUCACCCGUUUAUCGAGGCGCUCCUCCCUCACGUGAAAAGUUUUGCUUACACUUGGUUCAACCUGCAAGCUAGGAAAAGAAAAUAUUUCAAAAAACAUGAGAAACGAAUGAAUUCCGAGGAAGAGAGAGCAGUGAAAGAGGAAUUAUUGCAUGAAAAACCAGAAGUUCAACAGAAAUGGGCAUCACGGCUUCUUGCAAAACUUCGGAAAGAUAUUCGACCCGAAUUUAGGGAGGAUUUUGUCCUGUCAAUCACCGGAAAGAAACCGGUUUGUUGUAUUUUGUCCAACCCGGACCAGAAAGGAAAAAUCCGGAGAAUAGAUUGCCUGAGACAAGCGGACAAGGUCUGGCGACUCGAUUUGGUGAUGGUAAUUCUUUUCCGGGGAAUCCCCCUCGAAUCAACAGACGGCGAACGGCUGAGUAAAUCUCCUCAUUGCGGCCACAAUGCUGGUUUGUGUGUUCAGCCCUAUCAUAUCAGCAUCACCAUUAAAGAACUGGAUUUAUAUCUGGCCAGUCACGUACGGCAUGAAGAAUCAACUGAAGAAGGAAAUCGAGACGAUGACGAAGUAUUACGUGAAGAUGAUGUCAAAGGCACAAUCGGAGCUGUCCCUUCGUUCAAAACAAGUGGAGUCUUCGGGGUUCAGGAGAUUUACAGGAUUUCAAAAACGCCCAUCAUAUCCGGGGAUGUUCAUAACCUCCCCAUCAAUCACAGCAUUGAGAGUUCGUCGCCAUAUUACUACUCCCACCAUCAUGAAGGAAGAAUGCCACAGAGCCCCCUAGUGAUGAGACAACCUUCGUCGGGAAGUCAUUCAUCAAAUAAGCGCUUGAAAUCGUCGGGCAGUAGUAUGUCGACUGAAGAUCAGAAUGGAUUGGAAAGCGGUGGAGAGAAUGAAAAUGAAUCGUCGUUCUACAGCAGGCAACCCGGGUCCCAUCAUAGCUGGCAUGGGUCGGAUAUGGAUCAAGCAACAACAAGUCCACUUCAAUCUCCAACGAAUAAAACUCCCAGAAAUUCAAAUGAUCAUCCGGGAACGAACGUUUCAUCUGCAGGUGGAAAUUCGGGGAUGCCCCCUCCCCAUACACCCGGAGUUUCAACAAGCUCAACCCCUACGUCAUCUUUCCCAAGACUGCAAGCAGGUUCAUGGCACCCAGUACUGCAGCAGCCCCAUGCCUUUCCGUACCCCCAUACCCAAGCUUUCGGUCACCCAAGUCAGGACUUAAAAGAUUUUGCUCAGUUCGCUUGUUUAAGUGCAGAAGCCGCAAAACAUCAUCCUAGUCAGUUACUCAGCUACCAUCCUUCUUCCGGAGUCAGAGGUCAUGACGGGUCACAGGAGAGUUCAAGAUGGCCGACGACGCAGGGUUCCUUGGAUGAGACGUCAGCUGUGGAUUUCCAUCCUAUGAUACCGAACGACAGGAUUCAAGGCGUAGUACCAGGACUGAAUCCAGACGAGACCUUGGUUGCAGAGGAAAGACUUUUCCCGCCUAUUCCACCUGGGGGAAUGAUGGACAACUCGUCAGCCAAUGGAAGCGCAGCUUCAGCGGCUCAAGCUCCACCUAUGUCUAACGACAAAUGAAAAGACGUUAUGCGUGAAUAAAUUUGCGCCAAAAAAUUUAAAAAACGUGGGGAGGAAAAGGGGAGUCACAAAAACUGGAUCGGUCUUGACGUCAAGAAAAUUUUUUUUAAAAAAUUGCUGCACUGGCCAUUUGAAGUAAUGCCAGUUGAAUCAUUAGAGUCUGUUGACCCUCAGUGGUAAAUUUUCUGUUUCUCUUCCGGGUAAAUGGCCAAUUAAUGACUAACGAGUUACAUGAUAUUGGUCAAGCAACGCUGAACAUUGUCAAAAUAAGCCAACAUGUACUUUUAUAUUAUCCUAUUCGUUGAAGUUAACCUCCAGCGUUAAAUUUUCUGCUUUUUAUUCCGGAUAACACGUCGAUGUCAAAGGUCAGAGCUAUUUUUCCUCUGCUUUAAUCACAAAUGAUCAAGCGUUGUUCGAAGAUAAACCGUACCUGGAAAGCACGUUUCGUACUUAGCCCAAACUUGGCCAUAUAUAUUUCAUCAAAACUUUGAGACUGAUUGACAGUAUUUAUGUUCAAAGGUUGGUACUCCCGAAUGUAAAAAUGUGAACCAAUGUUCAGGUGCAAUUACUACCAGAGUCACAUGGCUAGUCGCUGAACUCGUAAUAGAACUAAAAUAAAGAAAAUCGCAAGGAAAUUAUGGCCUAGCCCUAACCUGGUACACUUACUACGUUUCGGUGUCCGCCAUCUUGGUUCACAUACUUCGGGAGUACUCACAUACUCCAAGCCAAAAUGACCAAACACACCAAAUUGUGUUUUUUGGCCAACCGAUCCAAAAUGGUUUAUACAACGCCUUUACACGUCUUAUACUCUGACCAAUGUGCAAGCAGUCACUGAUAUGCAUUUAGCUGCUAUAAUUUACAAAAACUCGAGCAAUUGCGGUCCCCCCCUCCCCCUAAAAAAAAGAAAACCCAAUCGAAUCGUCGCCAUUUCAAAUGAAUUAUAUCUUUCUGAACUCUAAAUUAUAUUUUAAACGAACUCAAUUGUUAAACCUUUUUUCCGUUUUAUCAGAAUUUUCAUCGAAUAUAUUCGGUUCGAUUCUAAAUUCUAGAACUUUGCUACUAACUGAUCACCACAAAGUGGAAAGUUCAAUAUUUUAAUCAUUUUUAAAAUUUUAUCUCUGUUAUAUUCUUAUUUCUUGACUCGUUGUUUUAUCUAUAGAUAAUGAAAUAUGUCGUAAACAGUUUUUUCGUUAACUCUUAUCUACUUAUCAAAUAUCUAGAUAACAAAUGUCUCGCUAUCUUUGCCUUGAUACCCCUUAUCUUUUUAUCUUGUUAUCUUUGUAGAUAUCUCAUUGCUUGUAACUUAUUUAUCAUAUCUUUGCUCAAAGCUUAAUUAGAUCAAUUGGCGUUACCAUCGCUUGGCAAUGUAUAAUUAGAAUCAGCGUCUUCUUUAUUAUGAAUUUAUUUGUAUAUUGCAAUGACGUCAUCAGCGAAUGAAUGACGUCACAGAUUUUACCGUUCACGAACAAACACAGUUCAGUGCCUGUCAUAUUAUGACGUCACUAACAUGACGUCACCAAUGUUCCAAAUUCUAUUCACAGCAAUUAAAUCACUCAUUUUGUUUUGAUUUAUUACAAAACAAUUCACUUUUGAAGUCAUUUAAUCUAAUAUGCGUCAUAUGUCAUGACGUCAUACCUGCGACGUAAUACAAUGUCGCUCAAAUACCAUCUGCCUAUAUAUACACCGACCAUAAAUCUUAUUUCUGUAACAUUUUUAUCCCCUAAAGUUCAUAUCAUCGAUUGUUCCUUUUAUUUAUUGCAUUUUUGCUGACUCAGCAUUUUUACUCCCAUUAUCCUAUCAUGCUGUUGAAAAAAAACAUAACUUAAAAAGCUUUUUAGGAUUCUGGA